UCUUUCUCUCGCUCCUUUCAUCGCUCUCUCUUUCAUUAUUUUGCUAUAUGGGGAAGCCCUCGCGAUUGAGCGGACGCCGCACAGCCAGGUUCGCAAUGCACCGCAACUCCCCCAUCGCUGCCGCCUCCUCGCCGCCGGACGCCAGCGACGCCGGCCGACGCUGCCUGACCGCCCUCCUUGUCAUCGCCGCCGUCACCUUUCCCAGCGUCGUCCUCUACCGCUCCGCCUCUCCGUUCGUGCCCCGACAGCCCUCCGUCCGGUGGGAUCCCGCCCCCGCCCUUGUCAUCCCCGACAUCGACAAGCCUAUCGACUCCGUCGAUUUGGAUAGUGAGGAUGUUAGGCUUGAGAGAGUUCUGAAGGAGGCAGCCAUGGAAGAUAAAACAGUAAUCUUGACCACCUUGAAUGCUGCAUGGGCUUCUUCUGGAUCAAUUAUUGAUCUCUUCAUUGAGAGUUUCCGGCUUGGUGAUGGUACACGUAAACUUCUGAACCACUUGGUGAUAAUUGCGUUGGACCGGAUGGCAUACAUGCGAUGCAUGUUUAUACACUUCCAUUGCUUUGCCCUCAUCACCGAUGGAGUGGAUUUCUCAGCAGAGAAGCGUUUUAUGACUGCCGGAUAUUUGAACAUGAUGUGGAGAAGGAUAGAGUUUUUAGGAGUAGUCCUUGAGAAGGGAUACAACUUCAUUUUCUCGGAUGCAGAUAUCAUGUGGUUCCGGGAUCCGUCGCCACAAUUUUAUCCAGAUGGAGAUUUUCAGAUAGCUUGUGAUCACUACACGGGUGAUGCCACUGAUCUAGAGAACAGGCCUAAUGGGGGAUUCAACUAUGUAAAGUCUAACAACCGAAGUAUAGAAUUUUAUAAGUUUUGGUACUCAUCACGGGAGAAACAUCCAGGUUUGCAUGACCAGGAUGUGCUUAAUUUUAUUAAGUAUGACCCAUUCCUCACAGAAAUAGGAGUGAGAAUUAGAUUUUUGAGUACUGCUUAUUUUGGUGGGAUUUGUGAGCCAAGCAAAGAUUUAAGUAAAGUUUGUACCAUGCAUGCAAACUGUUGUAUUGGUUUGGGCAGCAAAAUUCAUGAUUUAAGAAUUAUGCUUGAUGAUUGGAGAAACUAUAUGUCACUGCCACCAAACAUAAAGAGAUUUCGCCUGUACUCAUGGAGGGUGCCACAAAAUUGCAGUCUAGCUGAAAUAUGAACAAAUUUUCUAGGAGAAGAUUGAUAGAUGAUGUGCGGCUGUAAAUUAUUUACUCAUGUUCCAAUCUAUCACUUUUUUAGAGAGAAUUCAUUGAUGAUGUGGUAGAAAGACGCCACUUUUUUGUGGAAUUUUGCAAGAUUACAUAUUUCCUUGGUCUUUGCCUACAUGAAUACUUGAUUGGCGAAACCGGAGACUGGAGAAUUAUCAAAAAUAGGACAGCAGAAGAGGGGAACUACUGAAUCCAGCGGCUUGAGCAUACACGGGAAAGUUUUGCUCUAAUCAGACAUGUAUACUCCUUGCCAAUAUUUGUAUAUCUGUAGAUUUUUAUAUAUUAGUUACGACUGAUCGAGUCUAUAGAAUCAUUCAUUUCCUUUUGCUGGUGAUGCAGUUCCUAUUUGUUGCUCAAUUAUCAUUGCUGAUUCUGUUUGAAUUUGGAGAAGAAUACCUCCAUGUAAAUACUCUUAACAAGCAUGUCAUCCAGCAAAUUUGGAUUGGAUUUGGCUAGUAAAUACUGUAUCAUUCA